UAAUCGUCCUUCGACUAGUCAACCUCAGAAGAUGAACCAGUCAACCCGCCCUAUGGGACCACCGAAUCGUCUGCGUCCUCCUAGGACCUGUUACAUCUGUAAGAGACCAGGUCAUCUUGCUAAUGACUGCCGUUUCCGUUCAACACCAGUUCAUGCGUCCUUUCUUCAAGAAACUGGAAACGAUGUUGAAGAGUUAGCUGAUGAUGAAACAGGAAACAUAUCAGGUGUCCGCUGUCCAUCAGACCCAGACCCAGAGUGGAAGCCAGACUACUCACCAUCAGAGAAAGAGCAACCAAGCACUGAUGGAAUACUCGACCAGGCUCAAGCUGUUCAGACCCGAGCACAGAAAGCAAGAACUGACAAACCAGCUCAACCUUUGAGAGUACCUCCUCCCAUCACCGAUGUUGUGAGCAACAGUCUGAUUCAUCCCUUAGUCGUUGCUUCCAGCUAG